AUGAAGAAAGAGAAGAGUGUAGAGCAGUUGAAUAUAGAGGGUGAAAAAGUUAGCCUGGGUGGAGACCAUGACCAUAAAGCUUGUAGGUUGGAAAGGGAGGCGACUACUGCUUGUCAUUAUAGGUCUCUUUUUGUGCCACAGAGAAAACUAUGCUUAGUAAAAGAUCGUGACAAUCCAGACAACUUGGCAGCUGGUUCCCGACCAAUUGGGCAUCUGGAGGACGUAAGCUUUGGUCGUGUGCUCAUGGAGAUAAAACCAUCUCUGGAGGAAGCCCCCUAUGAGAGUAAUGAAACUGGAACAGAGCGCCGUAAAGUUGCUGAUGCUAGAGAGACUGCGUCGACUUUUCAACUCAAACUGGAAGGAAGUGCUCAAUCUGCAGUUUCAAAAGAUGCUCAUGGAUUGGAUAAGGGAAAUGAUUGUCUCUCUCCGAAAGAUUCUUUUUCAGAUGAACAAAGGAGCCUACAUAAAUAUCUGAGUGCUGAGAUGGAAAAGCUUUGUGAAGUUCUACAGCUUCCGAUGAUCAAGCAAACUGUAGAAGCCUUUCUGGAUUAUGUAAUGAAGAAUCAUCACGUCAAUCAGGAUUCCGUGCCAAUCCUUCAGGCUUUUCAAAUAUCUCUGUGUUGGAAUGCAGCCUCAAUCUUGAAAAAAGAAAUUGAUAAGGGAGAUUCUCUUAGGCUUGCAAAGAAGGUUUUGAAUUUUCAGUGCACAGAGGAAGCAGCACACUCUUUCUACUUGAAAUUACUGUCGCUAAAGAAGGGAUUUCUGCAACUUUCGAGAAACAAUAGUGGGUCACCUCCAAAAAAUCUCGUUUCAGCAUCAGAAGGUUGUGGAAAGAAACUACCCCUUGCGGGAAAUCCUCUCUCAGGGUCUUUUGACCUGCAAAACGUGAAAUUGGAGGCUGGUGAAAGAUCAUCUAGUGUAGAGGUUCUAGAGGAACAAGCUAUAGACGAGUUAGGAGGGGAUUUUGUGGAUAAAAAGAUUAAAAAGCUUCAGAAGAAAUGUGAUAAAUACAUGUACCUGCUGCGUCAAAAACAUGAGAAGGAAAUUCUGGAGUUAUGUGAGAUGAAGGAAAAACAUAAACUACAGUUGGAGGGUGAGGUUCGGCUUGAAUCAGCUGUGAUUCACUUAACCUAUCCUGAAAAACUGAGGGUAGACAUGCUGAAGUCAGUAGACAAUGAGUUUAAGAAGAAAUUACAAGAGCGUGAAAACUUGAUGGAGGCAGAUCUUAAAGAGCUUCAGGCGAGGCAUUCAGCUGAGUUAGAAGAGAAGAGAAAAUCUAUUGAUGAUUGGAUGGAUAGGAUUAUGUCUUGUAUCUCUUCCUCUGGUCCUGGAAAGGAAGUACCUACUGCUACCUCUGAUACUGGAGUAGAAAAUAUUGAUAGAAUCGUACAAGAUGACUGUGGGGCAGGGAUUGUGAUACCUUCAGUCAUGUUGGAGACUGCAGCAGAUGAUCCAGUUGCCGGUGAUGUUUGUUCUGAAACUUCUUUCCGUUCUCCAGCGAAUCCAGUUACAGAUAAGGUUUUGGUUGUUGAGCAAGAAAGUGCAGUAUCCUUCACUAGUGUUGAGAUUCCUCCAGGGGUUCCUAGCACAGGGGGAUCUGAGAUUGGUACUGCCUCCACUUUAGAAUUGAACACUUCUCUAGCAGUGGAAAGAGGAGAUAACAAAGGAAAUUUGGUAGCUGCUGAUGUCCAGGGUGACCAGGUCGAUCAGACUCGAAGUGGCCCUAGAGAGGUUGCUUCAUCCCCACCACUAGCAGCAGCAGAGAGAUCUUCCCCGACAAUUUCUUUUCCAGAAUUACCACAGGAACACCUCCUCUUCAAAACGGUUGAGAGUUCUUUGGAGCGUCUGGAUCAAGCACGUUCGCGGAAUGGAGAAACUGUGCGUCCACCUCUGUCAAUUGAAGCUAUGCUUGAGCUAGAAGCAAGAAUUCUGGAGAUUGAGACCCAAUUACUCAACCCAACUUCUGAAGCUGGUGUGAAAGAACCUGGAUCACCACAAAAGGUUCCCAAAUGUGAUGGCAAGGGAGUUGCAUCAGAAGAAGUUCUGAAGACGCCAAGCAAGAUUGCUCAACUGCAGCAAUCAUAUGCUUCCUUCAAGGCUGAGAUCCAUCAACUCCUAGAGCAAAAGGAUGAGAAACAAUGGGAUAGGCAAAAUCCAUAUGUCUCUGAUCCUGUGGAAGAUAUUGUUAGGAGAACAAAGUUGGAGAUAAAGACCAUAGAAGAAUCUUUUUAUCUUGCAUUGAGGGUUGAGAAAAGUUUGAAGGUUCUGCAACCUUUUACGAGAAUGAACAACGAAGCUAGGGAGACGUCCAACAGGAAAUUUACAGCACCUGGGAGGUUCACAAAGCCUGCAGUAGCUGCUGAACCAAGAAAUAAAGUGCCUUUGUUGAAGGAAAAGGACCAGAAGGAUGAAUGCUUUAAGUGUGGAAUUAAGGGCCAGAAGGAUGAAUGCUUUAAGUGUGGAAUUAAGGGCCACAUGGCUUAUGAGUGUCCAACUAAGAGAAAUUUAUUCAUUGGUGACCCUAUGGAUGAAGAGUAUGAGGAGCCAGAAUACAAUGAUGAUAAGAGGAGUUGA